AUGGUACGGGGACUUCUGAACGAUGGCAUUGACACGUCUCUAAUGUAUACGGGAUAUAGGCUGAAUGCGAAGCUGAUACAACGGGACUUGGAGGUUAAAGAUAUCGUCAAGGACAUGGGAGAUGGAGUCCUGCUCAUCCACCUUUUAGAAUGUCUUUCAGGCGAAUCACUUGGACGUUAUGCCUCGAAACCCAAACUACGAGUACAAAAAUUCGAAAAUUCCAACCUUGCCCUCGACUUUAUUCGAUCACGCGGUGUUCAGAUGACGAAUAUUGGAGCCGAGGAUAUUGUCGACGGCAACCGCAAAAUUGUGCUUGGUUUAAUAUGGACACUAAUUUUGCGCUUCACCAUCAGCGAUAUUAAUCAAGAGGGCAUGUCGGCCAAGGAAGGCUUGCUGCUCUGGUGUCAACGCAAGACGGCAUGCUACGACGAGGUGGAGGUUCGCGACUUUAGCACUAGUUGGAACGACGGUCUUGCAUUUUGUGCCUUGCUCGAUAUUCACAGACCCGAUCUCAUCGACUUUGACUCCCUCGACAAGUCGGAUCACAAGGGAAACAUGCAGCUUGCGUUUGAUCUGGCAGCGGAAGAAAUCGGCAUUCCGAAGUUGCUGGACGUCGAGGAUGUGGCCGACGUUGCCAAGCCCGAUGAAAGAAGUUUGAUGACCUAUAUUGCCUACUGGUUCCAUGCCUUUUCUCAGAUGGAAAAGGUUGAGAAUGCCGGUCGACGAGUUGAGAAAUUCGUCAACAGCGUACAAGGUGUUUGGGAAAUGCAGAGCACGUAUGAAAAGCGUAUGGCCGAGCUGCUGAAAAAUAUAAAUACUCAAAGGGAUGAUUGGUCGCAAUCCACCUUCGAAGGCACCUAUGCCGACGCAAAGGCUCAAGCUGCCGAGUUUUCCAAAUACAAGCGUGGUCAGAAGCGAGACUGGGUAGCAGAGAAGAGCCAUUUGGCGACCCUGCUUGGAAAUAUCAAGACAAAGUUGGGAACAUAUCGCCUUCGACCAUAUGAACCACCCGCUCAUCUAAGUCUCGACAAGCUCGAGGAUGACUGGACGGCUCUGUCCCAGAAAGAGAUGGGCCGGGCACAACUGAUUAACGAGACUAUUCGAGAUAUCAAAAAUUCCCUUCGCAAGUCUUUUGCCGACAAGGCCAAUGAUUUCGCCAUGGCGCUCAAGACUAUGCAGAUGGCCAUCUCGGGCCUCGACGGCGAUCUAGAAGAUCAAUUACACCACGUCAGAAAGCUGAGCAGUAAUUUGGCACCUCUCGAUAGAUAUCUCGAGACCAUCCUGGAUGUGGAGACCAAGUGCAUCGAGGCAAACAUUGAAGAAAACGACUUUACCACCUAUUCAUACGACGAGCUUGCAUACGAACUCGCAUUGGUCAAAUCAUCUGUCCAGAAGAAGCUCGCAUUUUUGGAAAAUCAACUGGUUGCGCGAAACAUGACAAACUUGACGCCUAUUCAGCUGGAGGAAUUUGAAAGCGUAUUCCGCCAUUUCGACCGCGACGACUCCAACGCGCUCCAAGAACUAGAAUUCAGCGCUGCCUUAGCGUCUUUGGGCCUCGUCUUCUCCGAGGACGAGAUGCACGACUACUUCUCUCAGACUUCUGGGGGCCGAGAUGAGGUUACAUUUGAGCAAUUUAUUCGGUUCAUGGUUGACGUGACAGAAGACCAAAACACUGCUGAGCAGGUGUUUCAGUCGUUCCGCGAAGUCGCAGAUGGCAAGCCUUAUGUUACGGAGAUGGACCUCCGACAUAGCCUUGUUCCUGAUGAAGUCAUUGAGCAACUCAGUCGAAUCAUGCCAGAGCAUACGGGGCCGGAUAUGUCGGAUGAUCGAGGAAUGCCGCAAUACGACUACAUUUCAUUUAUGGAGAAGAUGCUCAACAAUCAGAAAGAGAGCGACCAGGUUCCCAGUGGUGUACUGCAGGACAGAACAAACGUGGGAGAUGCUGGUCCCCGUAAGGGCGUCAAGGCGAAUGGCUGGUAG